UACCACUUGUGUGAAAAAGCAUAGACAUUUUUCCACUUGGGUGAAAAAAAACCGGGAUAAUAUUUUCCCACGUGUGAAAAUCUGUAAAACUGUUUUCCUCACUUGUGCAAAAACUAUGAAAGUCUUUUCUCCAUUGUGGUAAAAGAUUUUCAGACUUUGUGAAAUGAAAACAAAUUCCUGGGAAAAACAAUUUCCUAUUCCCAGGUUAACUUUCAACUGCAAUGAACAUGUACUGUAUAUGAAGAUCCAGUGAGCUGGUGAGACAACAGCCUCUCCACUGUCCAUCAAAAAUUAUAGAACAAGUUUGGCAUGUUUUUGCCAAUAAAAACUCAAAAUUUUUUUAUCAACUCCACUAGAAUCAUUAUUAUUAAAUGUAAAGCUACAUGUAUACAUGUAUAUUGAAUUUGUCUGUUACAAUUUCACAUCGUUUCUAUUGAAGAUCAUACAAUGACUCCAUCGAAACGUAGUUCUUACUGUCAAAAAGUUGAUGAAACAGUGUGAUAGGAAUUAAUCAGCUCAAAAUUGGCAAGUAAUCAUCCAUCAGUGUGUGUUGCACCUUUCUUUCCCAAACAAUGUGAUACAAGAAGCCUGAGACGAUAAAAGUAGACACUGCUGCCAAGGGGAUUAUUAUCUUUUACAAGUGCGUAGAGCAUACAGGAAUCACCUCAAAUGAACAGCCAGAAAACCCAGUGUACAUGUAUGUUGAUACACGGUAAAUGUAAGUCUGAACAUCACACAAGAUAGAAACAAUCAUAUUCAACCAAAAUGGAUCCCUUUGCAGUGUUGUGGACGCUUCAUAAGGUUGUAGUGAAUCUUGCUGUUGUUGGAUUUUGUGGAAAUGUUUUGGUGUUCCUGACGAUAUUGAAAACCAAAGCGCUGCACAAUGUCACCAACUACAUGCUCCUCAAUCUGGCAAUAGCUGAUGCCUUUGUCGGAAUUCAAAGUACUCUGGGAGCAACAAUAAUGGAGACUCAUCGUAGGGGGAUAGGCACUUCUGGCUACUGCACUCCAGUAUUUAUCUACAAUUUCAAGCUCUUCUUCAUGUUUGUGUAUCUCAAGAAAAUUUCUUUUGCAAACUCUGUUUUUAGUUUGACUCUAGCAACUUUCGAACGUUACAUUGGCAUCAUUAAGCCUCUGCAUUACUCAACCUUCUUCACCAAGAGACGACUGAUCAUCAUGCUACUUUUUGUUUGGUUGGUUCCAUUUCUGACAGAGGCAUACACUCCAAUCUUCUACAUCCCAAUGUACAUACAAGAUAACUGUACGAUACCAUCAAUGGAGAACUAUCCCAUGGUGAUGACUUCUGGCAUCCUUCAUUUCAUCUUUUUCUUCAUAAUACCAUGCAUUUCACUAGCUUUCAUGUAUGUAAGGAUCCUAAUUAAUCUGAAGCAAGGUGCAAGGCAUCUUGAGAACCAAGGAAUCCAGGGCCCACCUCAAGAGUUGCUGCGAGCUCACAAGAAAGUCACCAAAUCUCUUCUGCUGGUGGUUGCAGCUUUCUUCAUCCUAAUGUUACCUGGUCAACUUCUGGAGAACAUCAUCCUUUACUCAAGCAUGUUUGACGAAUAUUACAUUUUUGCUGAAUUGCUUAGUCAAACCAUCUCCAUCCUGGAACUCUUGAAUUCUACUAUCAACCCAAUCCUGUAUGGCUUCAAGUACAGUCAACUACGCCGUGCCUGUGUAUCAAUGCUGUGUCCAUGUGCUCAUCACAGUAAACGUUCCAAUCAAGUUGUACACAGCCAGCAAGUGGCCUCUGUGACUACGUAAAUGUGGACAUGUACAGGUAAGUCAUUUAAAGACAUUCUAUGGUCACCUUAGUUUGCACAACAACCAACAACUUCAUCAGCAAGCCGGGCUUUCCUGGGUUUGCAUGUGAAUUGUUUGAUAAAAAUCUUCCUUCCUUUUGAAGGCAAAAAUGAACAGAAACAAAACUUACAAUCCAUUUUUGAAAGUGCUCAAAAUAGACAUUGACUUUUACAUAAAAGUCUGCUCAUUCAGAUUCGGAAUGAAUGAUACAUGUAGGAUGCUGGAGUUAUGACAAUAUUAUUAAAUGUAUUGGUAUUUUAAGUUCUGAUAAUGACAUUAUGGAUUUCUCAACUGAGCGUCCUAGGCACUAUAAGCUCCUAAGCCUUGAAGAAACUUGUACAUGCAGACAUGUGACAAUGAGAAGCAGUUACAG